CUUUACUGAGUCAUUGUGGUUGUGUGGAGGCACAGGAGUUUUUUGUGGAGAUGGGGAAGAAGCUUUUGGGAGGUGAGUUCAUUCAACUGACGUGGACUGUCCCCAUGACAUAUCGAAGAGAGAAGAAGCUGACGGUGGAAUUUUUCUUUCUUUCCAGAUAUCACCACGAAAAUUGAGACGGUGUAUCUCAACGUGGCCGUCGGCACUUACACUGUCCUCAACCGUGGUGUUAAAGACCACUACAGCCAUCACGUUCUCGCCGUGGAUGCCGUUGACAAAGGCUCCUACAUCAUUGACUUAUCCGGUGCACAAGUCGGGCUGGAUGUCAUCGUCCUGCCCCUGGCAGCAUACAUGGAGAGGAUGGGCGCGACGAUCCUAUACGUCCACGACCACGAGUACACGUUCGCCUGUUUCAAAGACCGGAUGGUGAGUGUAGAAGGCGGAAGACAGAACAGCCGUGUAGCUGGGACACAUUGGAAAAUGUUCGAGGCGAUGAAUGCACUGAUGGCCGAGUUGGAGAGGGAAGGCGACGUGACAGAAAUGCUACAUCAGCCAGAAGAAAAGUAUCAGGAGGCCAAGUCGACAUUUCUGGAGAGGUUGCGAAAGGCAUGUCAAGAUGCUUUUGACGAGCGUGCUGCAAUGGGCCAUCCGCGCGCCACGGCAGACUCUCUUAACCUCGGAUUAAGUGAGGACGAUCUGACGAUUUUGGGUUAUAGGUCCGAUCAUAAGAACCCUGGCUAUUCGGGGAUUCGUCUGAGAUGGAUGCAAGAAGGCGAAGACAGUGAAGCCAACGCGGGUGGACUGGCUGCAGAGCAUGCGAGAUCUACCCGACUCGGCACAGAGGAGCUUCCUGUACGGUAGGGCUUGGAUGAGGAUGGGGCACAUCACCUGUACCUCUGCGUAUGUCUGGUGUUAGCUGUAUAUCCUGUUGGGCCAACUGUACUGGGUAGGUUGAAGAAUGAGUCCUUGAGAUGCACAGCACGCAAGAUCUGGACUUGACGGCUAUGAGGGCUCCGGCGCAGACCACUGCUAUCGCUGGAUGAAAUUGUGCCAGACGAUUUAUUAUAGAGACACUCCACGGUAUGGACCAGUCUCGGUUUCCAGUAUCCAGAGUAUAGCUG